UCUUCAAACGUUACAAUCGCAGCCGACAAUGUCUUGAUAAGUUAACCCUGUCUUAACUUCACAAAUCACUCUCUAAUCCCACUUGACAUUUCUUUAAUCCUUCUCUCAACCACCCCCCACUGAGUGAGUGUUUGUUCAGUCAAAUCACUCCCCAAAUCUCACUCACUCACACCGCCAAGAUGGGCUCUGUUUCUCUCAAGAUCGGCGACGGAACCGCCAGAUUCCGAAGAGCGUCGCUCUGUUCCUCCGCCGUCAACCUCCUCAUGCUCUUCUCUGUCAUCACUACCAACCUCUUCGCCCUCUACGCCUUCACAUCCGCCCCGAAAGACCACCAAACGUACCACCUCCUCCACCACACCCAGAAGAACAUCUCCCUCAUCUCCGAGCAGGUCGGUCUGAUCCUCCGCGAGAUCGAUUCGUCGCAAAAGAAGCUUGCCCAGAUGGAAAAGGAGCUCCUUGGAUACAAAAGCAUCGAUCUUUCGAAACGCAAUGUCGCGAACGAGCUCAAAGUCUUCCUCCAGCACCACCAGCUCCCUCUCGGAAAAGAUUCGAAAACCGGGAUCACGGAAAUGGUGGCUUCCGUCGGCCAUUCCUGCGAGAAAUCCGCCGACUUGCUUUCACAGUACAUGAACUACAGGGUCUCCGGGCCCUGCCCCGACGAUUGGAGCCUUGCCCAGAAGCUGAUUCUGCGGGGAUGCGAGCCUCUGCCGCGACGGAGGUGCUUUGCCAAGACAGUUACUAAGGUGGGUUUACACCCUUUACCGAUUUCGCUUUGGAAACCUGUUAGUGAUAAGAUUGUGAGUUGGAGUGGCCUUGAAUGCAAGAAAUUUGAAUGCUUGAAUGUUAAGAAAUUGAGUAGGGAUUGCGUUGGUUGUUUCGAUUUGGUUAACGGGUCCGAAACCCAGAGAUAUGUUAAGGCUAGGAGCAAGAAUGAUUUCCUCAUUGAUGAUGUUUUAGCUUUGGGGAGUGGAGGAAUCAGAAUAGGAUUUGAUAUUGGAGGUGGGUCUGGUACCUUUGCUGCUAGAAUGGCAGAGAGGAACAUGACUGUGAUCACCAACACAUUGAAUAUCGGAGCCCCGUUUAGCGAAUUCAUAGCAGCAAGAGGGCUUUUCCCUCUGUUUUUGAGCUUGGAUCAUAGGUUUCCUUUCUAUGAUAAUGUGUUCGAUAUGGUUCAUGCCGCUAGUGGAUUGGAUGUUGCGGCAAAACCGGAAAAGUUUGAGUUCUUGAUGUUUGACAUCGACCGCAUUUUGAGGCCUGGAGGUCUGUUUUGGUUGGACAACUUUUAUGGCUCCGAUGAUGAAAAGAAGAGGGAUUUAACCAGAUUGAUCGAGCGGUUUGGAUAUAAAAAGCUGAAAUGGGUUGUCGGGGAGAAGGCGGAGGCAGCAGGGUCAGGCAAAUCAGAGAUCUAUUUGUCUGCCGUUUUGCAGAAACCAGUUAGAGUAUGAUGACCAGGUACUUCUCGCAAGAAACUGCAUUAGGUAGCAAAAAUUUGAUGUUCUAUAUGCUUCCUCGCACGAAAUUUGUGCAGGUUCAUUGCUUUUUAACAUCCUCGUGAUAUGCCUUUGACAUUGCAAUAAGAGCUGGUGGUAGAAAAUGGAAUCGGUUCUGUAGUUUGUAAGCUAUCGUAUCUGUUAUUUUGUACUUCAGGGAGUAUUAGUUGUUCUGUUCUUUAGACAAUGAAUUGUUAGGAAGUGAAAAAAUCAGAGUGUAUUCAUUCUUAAAUGUACAACGGCAUCGAUAUUUGAUUCAUUUUACCA